UAUUUGAAGAAGAAUGAUGAUGCCGUAAAAUCCUAUUUCAUUUUUGUAAGUUGUUGCUUGAAAGAUAAGAUAGUGUGAAUAAAUUUUUGUAUAUGUUUGUAAUUUUCCUGCUCCAGAGUUGCACAGCUGAUUGGUAAAUUUUUUGUUGCUUCAUUUUGGUUCGAACUUAGCAGGACUAUGAAGAAACUGAAAGGAUCUAUCUUCUUUUUUCACUAUGAAUUGGUUUACGAUACUUCCUGAUAUUCGGAGACUUUUUGGUGCUUUUGUUGUGCUACGUUCUCCUUCACUGACAAUCUCUACAGAGCUAUACCAAAAAUUCUCAGGUUUCCUUGCCAUGGCUUCCGGCAGCGACGAUGAAUGCAUGACCCCUGAGCAUCUACUCGAGCAUCCUGAAAUGAAAGGCAUGAUCCUCGAGCAUCCUGGAAUCGAGUCGGAGUUUCUCUCGCAUGUCAGAAGCCCAGAGAUCAGCUCCCAAGAGAGGAGCAGCAGCGACAAAGAGAGCCUCGCCUUGGAGAGCAUCGGCAGCAGCAGCAGCCAAGAGGAGAGCGGCAGCGACAAGGAGGGCGAGGGCAGCGACAACAAGUUGGAGAAUGUCUGGAAGAAGCGAAAUUUAGAGAAGCUGCCUGAAAUUGCUGAGGAGGCAGAGGAGGAGGAGGAGUAUCGGAAGGCAAAAGAGUGGAAGGAAUGGUGGGAUCGUAGAAAGAAGGAAGCGAAGGAGUUUGACUUGGAGGGCUGGAAAGAGAGGAAUGGGGACCUCAGCCAUAAAUCAAGGGAGCAAAUUCGGGAGGAACUUCAGGAGUAUUGCAAGUCGGUGCCCUCUUUUCCAUCUAACCUUGGUGCAAUUGGUGGAUUUGACGAUGUUGACAAGUCUUUCUUCGUCCACGAUGUAGAUCCCGAGUUAUGGGAAAAAUACAUGGCAGAGUGUCGAGAAAGUGAGGGAUUUGAUGUGGUUACAUAUCCGGGUCCUUCUCCGUACAUUCUGGUUAGGCCAAUCACCUCUUAUGUGGAUUACCCUGAACUGCAUCAAGAGCUCAUCGAGUUUGCUACUAGGGCCCUGGAGGAGAAGCAACCAGGAUACCAGUUUUUGCAUAUUGAACGGGUAACUGGAUAUGCUUGUUCUGGUUACAUGUACAAUAUCACUUUUCGAGCUCAGAGUGCUGAUGAUCCUGAUGGAAAAAGCUUUCAAGCCAAGGUUUAUGCUGGAAUAAAUAAGGUGGAGGUUAUUUUCUGCCGUCCGAAAGUUGAAACCUAGUUUUUGACUGGUUUGAACAUGAAUAAAUUUUAACAUGGUUACAUGUUUUAGGUAUUAGACGUGCUAAUUCCUUAAGUUUGCUUUCAGCGUUCUUGACAUUUGACUUGUAUCAUCCAAUAUUGCUUUUUAUGAUUGUUACAAUCUCAAAUAUAAUACAUUGUCAGGAUCUAUGCAGCUUUAUUUCCACUUGAGUAACUUUCGUUC